GUUGACUGACAUUUUCUAAAUGACACCAUAUACUCUUAUUGUCGCUGCAACCAAAGAAUCCGGAAUUGGUAUUAAAGGUGGUUUACCUUGGCGAAUUCCUAAAGAUAUGGUCUUCUUCAAACAUGUCACAACCUUGAUCCCCAAGACUUCACCACAGCAUCUUCAAAAUGUAGUUAUCAUGGGUCGGGUCACUUGGGAAUCUAUACCACCAAAGUUUAGACCAUUGACUGAUCGAUUCAAUAUUGUUAUUUCUAGAAAUCCUCUUUAUGAUUUACAAGACGCUCCAAAUACUGUAUUAGCAGAUUCUUUCGAAAAGGCUCUCUCUUUAGUCGACCCUAAACUUCAUGGACGAGUAUUUGUUGUUGGUGGUGCACACAUGUAUCAAUUAGCCAUUAAAGAACGUCACUGUUCUCAUAUCUUAUUGACCCGUAUUAAUUCCGAUAUUGAAUGUGAUACCUUUUUCCCAAAUAUUGAUGAAAAAGAUUUCCGCUUGGCCAACCAUCAAGAAUUAGAAGAAUACGUUGAACAAGUCGUGCCUUCUGGGAAACAAUCACACAAGGAUAUAGAUUAUGAAUUUUUACUUUACAUUAGAAAAUAAUCCCAUCUCUUCUGUUUAUCUUAUC